GUCACCGAUGAUAGCGUCGUUUAGCGUGCGUCAUUACCGUACUAAUUGAAUAUUUGAUGGAGAGAUUAGCUUGCGUAUAAAAUGGCAGUCGCCUUGCCAUCACUCUGCUCCUCCCUGCUCGGUUCGCAGCUGCAGCUUCAGCUUCAGUUGCUAUCUGCUGGCUGGCUCAUCAGCUCCAAGAACACAGUAACAGAGGAGAGUGCUUAGCAUAAAUUAGCGGCAGUUCCGAGGCCAGGCUUUUCGUCCGGGCGAAGCGAAACGAGGAGAGAUCCGAGGCUGCGAGCUGGGAGAGCUCUCUGCUACUCCCAGGUUCAACAGGUCCAAGAGGUGCAUCAAGAAGUUGCCCUUCCUGUAGCACCAUCUAUCAUCAAUGAUGUUGGACAGAAGAUGGCGGGGAACCAUACUUUUGCUCAUCUGUCUUGUCUGCAAUGCAUCAGGGACUUAUGUUGGCGCCAACACGAUCCCUUCGCCGGAGAACUCGCCGUCGGAGUUCGCCAAGAUUGUUCAGUCUAAGCAGACGAAGCAUGCGCGCGUGUUCAUCGGCGGCGGGGACCAUCGGUCGCUGCGAUCGCUGGCGAACACCGGCGAGGAGGUGAUCCUCACCGUGCCCAACGACCAGCUCGAGCACAUGGCCGAGUUCCCGGAGGAGGCCGAGCUCUGGGUCGCCGCCAACGUCGCGCGGUUCCUCCCGGCGACGAGGAUCACGCACGUGGUGGCCGGCGACGACGUUGUGGCCAGGUCACCGGGGAACGCGUACUUCCUCCUCCCGGCGAUGGCCAACCUCCACGCCGCGCUCGCCGCGUCGCGCCUCGACGGCCGCGUGAAGGUGUCGAGCGCGGUGUCCGGCGCCGCGCUGCAGGCUCCCCCGGCGUGGGCCGCCGCCGCCGUGGCGGGCGGCCUCCUCCGGUUCCUGAACGCCACCGGCGCGCCGCUGUUCCUCAAGACCCGGCCGUCGGAGUCCACGGACACCAUGGUCGACGCGGCCUACGGCGCGAUGCGCGCGCUGGGGUUCCCCGGGGGCGCCAUCCCGGUGAUCGCGGCGCCGGUGGAGACAGAAGAAUUCGGCGGUGGCGCGACGACGGUGGUGUACCACAGCUACCUGCUGCAGGCCUCCGGCGGCGUCGGCGGCGGCGAGAGGCGGUCGCUGGCGACGUCGGCGGGGAUGUUCUGCGUGGCGCUGCAGAACGCGGACGCGGCGGCGCUGCAGGCGGGGCUGAACUGGGCGUGCGGGCCCGGGCAGGCGGACUGCGCGGCGAUCCAGCCCGGCGGCGCGUGCUACAAGCAGAACAACCUGCCGGCGCUGGCGUCCUACGCCUACAACGACUACUACCAGAAGAUGGCGUCCACCGGCGCCACCUGCUCCUUCAAUGGCACCGCCACCACCACCACCGCCGAUCCCAGCUCAGGAUCAUGCGUCUUCACAGGAAGCUCGAUGGCAGGAGGCUCGAACACGAGCGUGCCGGGAGCCAGCCCUCCGACGACGCUCUCCCCACCGGCGGGCCUCACGCCGCCGGUCGGCACCAGCCCACCGACCGACUUCAGCCCGCCGGCGGCCGGCACGACCCCUCCGGCCGGCGGCUUCACCCCGCCGGCGGGCGGCUUCGGCACCCCGCCGCUGGGCGGGUUCGGCACGCCGCCGUCGGGGUUCGGCCCGCCGGGGAGCUUCAACGGGAGCGGCUCGUCGUUCGGGCCCAGCAGCGCCUUCAGCCCGUACGGCGGCGCCGGCCACCGCGACGGCGGCGCCUCCGGCGCUCGCCUCGCCGCCGCUGCCCUCGCCGUGCUGCUCCUGUCCGUCGAUCUCAUGUGAAGUUCGUUUCUAUUUGUGUAAAUUUGGGAAUCAUGCGUUGUGAUGUUGCUCUGAGAAAUUGCUGGUCUCUGUAGGCGGCGGAUUGAAAUUAUGCAUACGAAAAAUUAGGAGUUUAUAUAUAUAUAUGUAAUUAUGCAUGUAUAGUAUAUAUACUUGAUCAGCAUGGACAUUAUCUAAAAAAAUAUGUGCUAGUCAGUCGCUGACAAUUUCUGUUCUUCGACCUGUCAGUUAAUGGUUAUACAUGUACAUGCCACUAGCCUCACGCAUGGUUGAGUUGGAUCUGGAAAAAAACAAUCUUUACAUGAUACUGAAUUGGCGAUACAAAUA